CACGCAGGUCCGUCAUAGCUGAUUACGAUAAGAAGGCCAAGCAGACUGUUUUGGAAAUUCUGGCAGCACAGUCUAUUUCUCUGCGAGCAACUUCAUACAGCCUGAAUUUUCACAACCACGAUUGCUCCGCAUCGCUCUUUCCAAAAGAAGCCCUUCGACAUGCCGCUUAAGAUUCUCAUUAUCGGCGCCGGCGUGGCUGGGCCCGCUCUCGCGUUUCUCCUCCAGCGCGCCGAUCCCCUCCAUCAUAUUACCGUCAUUGAGCGUGCGCCUGCACUUCGCGCAACCGGUCUUCAACUCGACUUCAAAGCCCAGGGCACCCCCAUUGUGCGCAAGAUGGGGCUUCUCGAAGCCAUGCGCGCACACCGCGUCGAUGAGACCGGUGCGGAGGUCAUCGGUGCCAAGGGCGAGAGUCUGGCAAGGUUUGGCAUCAGGGGCGACAGCGGUACCGAAGGCUUGCAGAGUGGGGGCUUUACGAAUGAUCUGGAGAUUAUGAGGGGGGACAUGGUGAAGGUGAUUGUUGAUGCUUCCGUCGCGGAUCGGAAGAAGCUUGAAGAGAGUGGAGUACGAGGAGGAGGCUUGAGGUACGUCUUUGGGAUGAAUGUGAAGGGUUUCGUGCAGAGAGAAGCAGAAGGUGUGGAUGUGACGUUCCAAGAUGGAAGGGAGGAGAACUUCGAUCUCGUCGUAGGCGCUGAUGGGCAGAACUCUCGGACUCGGAAGAUGGCGUUUGGGGACGAAAUAAGUCGCGAGGCAUUCAAGGAGCUGGGAUCGCAAGUCGCAUAUUUCACUGUCCCGCGUACAGAGAGCGACAGCACGCUCGCGCGGAUAUUCUUCGCGGCUAGAAGUCGCGCGAUCCUGCUGCGGAACGGCGGACGACCGCAGACGCAGGUUUACCUUUUCAGCCAGGCCAACAUGGAGAAGACGAAAGCGUCGUAUGGGAAGUCGGUGGCAGAGCAGAAGGCUGUGUGGAAGGAGACAUUCACAGGUGCGGGCUGGCAAACGGAGCGCUUCCUCGAGGGCAUGCAGACUGCAGACGACUUCUACGCGCACCAGCUUGCCCAAGUCAAGUUACCGGCGCUCUACAAAGGGCGUAUCGUCUUGGUUGGGGACGCUGGUUACUGCCCCAGCGUCAUGACCGGGAAAGGGACCACGUCCGCCUUCAUCGGUGCGUAUGUCCUUGCUGGCGAGCUAGCGAGACAGAAAUCCAAUUUGGACGCUGCACUCAAGUCAUACAACGAGAUCAUGAAGGAGCCAGUCGAUCGGGCGCAGGUUAUCAGUGGGAAUGUGUCUCUCCCAUCCUCGUCGCUAGCCGUGUGGUUCAUUCGUAACGGACUGUGGGCAGCGUCUUCGCUAAGGAUCGACAAGUUGCUCAUGAGAUUGAUGCCGCAGCAGACAGACGAGAAGGAGCUUAGGGCGUGGCCGUUGCCCGAGUAUCCAGAGCUCAACUUGGCGGAGUGAUGACGGGUUGCUUGGAGAAUGUGCAAUUGUCGUUUCACUUCUGUAUUUGAGAUGGAUUUAGGCGGUGGGCGACGUUGAAUAGACUGGUACAUGUC